AUGUCUUUGAUACAGAGACUAAAGAGCUUUGAUGCAUAUCCAAAGACUAUUGAUGACUUUCGCAUCAAGACAUAUAGUGGUGCUUUAGUAUCACUGGUCUCUGGCAUCUUCAUUCUGUGGCUCUUCUUCUCACAGCUUAGUAUAUAUCUUACAACGGACACUCAUCAUGAGUUGUUCGUAGACACCAACCGAGGUGAUAAACUGGCGAUCAACAUGGACAUCACUUUCCAUCACUUACCAUGUACAUUCUUGAGUUUGGAUGCAAUGGACGUCUCUGGCGAACAUCAGUUUGAUGUGGCUCAUAAUAUCUUUAAGAAGAGACUCUCGCCGACGGGCGAACCUCUGCCAGAUGCACCACGUCGUGCUGAUGCGAUUAAUGUAAAGCCACAGGAGAAUCAGGAUGAUAAGGUGGAGUGUGGAAGCUGUUUUGGCGCUGUGGAAGGAUGCUGUAACACUUGUGAUCAUGUGCGCGAUGCCUAUCAGAAGAAGGGCUGGGGAUUCGACCCAUCGGAGAUCCCACAAUGUGUGCGUGAGGGCUUCACCAAGAACGUCAUCGAGCAGAAUGGCGAAGGCUGUCAAGUGUACGGACAGAUCCUAGUGAACAAAGUGGCGGGCAACUUCCACUUUGCACCAGGCAAGAGCUUCCAGAACCACCACAUGCAUGUUCAUGACAUCCAGUCCUUUAAGGGCACCUUCAACAUGUCUCACACCAUUAACAGGCUAUCCUUUGGCUUUGACUUCCCAGGUAUCAAGAACCCCCUGGAUGGCGUUACAAAGACUGAGAUCGCUGGAACUGGAAUGUUCCAAUACUAUAUCAAGGUGGUGCCAACUACUUAUGAGGGUAUAAGUGGCCAUGUGAUCGCUACCAAUCAGUACUCAGUCACUGAACAUUACAGACUGCUGGGUAAGCAGGGCGAGGAGCUGUCUGGACUGCCGGGCCUGUUCUUCAUGUACGACCUAUCACCCAUUAUGAUGAGGGUUGUUGAGACGAGCAGAUCGUUCGCCACCUUUUUGACGCGUGUCUGCGCCAUCAUUGGAGGUGUGUUCACCGUUGCUGGAAUCUUUGACUCCUUCAUCUACCAGACGACCAAGUCAUUCAAGCGCAAGGUUGACCUUGGCAAGGCAUCAUAA